AUGAGACCAAUCAGUCUUAGCAACUUUGUUAACAAGAUUUUCUCUAGGGUUAUUCAUGAGAGUUUGGUUGAAUUAUUACCAAACAUAAUCUCGGAGGAACAGGCAUGUUUUGUGAAGGGCAGAAGCAUAGUUGAGAACGUGCUGUUAACUCAAGAAAUUAUUACGGAUAUGAGGUUGAGAACAAAAGCAGGUCCAAACGUUUACUACGUUCUUAUAAAUGGUCAGCCUAAUGGUUUUUUCACAUCAUCGAGGGGAGUUAACCAGGGUGACCCUUUGUCACCAACUCUAUUCAUUCUGGCAGCAGAAGAACUUUCUCGGGGAUUGAAUUCACUACACACUAACCUGUAUUUCUGUGGUUUUGGAAUGCCAAAAUGGAGCCCAAAAAUAAAUCAUCUAUCAUACGCUGAUGAUACGAUCAUUUUCUACUCAUCUGAUGAAACUUCAUUGAGACUUGUCAUGGAGGUUUUGAAAGCUUAUGAAUCAUCAUCUGGUUAA